CCUAAACAAACAAAAUACACAAUUUAGAAACUUCAUUAUUUUGACUUAAAAAAAAGCUUUAAGAGAGGUUUAGUUUAGUUAAAUCUUGUGUAAGCGAGGUUCAAUAUUGUCGCAGGGCGACAAGGAACUUGGAAUCGUUAUUCAAAACCCCCAGGAACCGUUUCAACCGAGUUGCAUAAUGCCGACUCUCCAAGCAUCAUUGCCUCCUGAACUAGCCAACAAUGCUAUCCGACUUUAUCGGGAGUGUCUCCGACGAGCAAAAUACAUUGGCAGUAAGCAACAUAACACAGAGCUUCUUGUUGGUAUGGUGAGACAGCAGUUCAAAAAGAAUAUGCAUGAGACUAAUCCGGAUAAAAUUCAGAAAUUGAAAGAUGAUGCUGCGCGAGGGCUCAUAAAUCACAUGCUGCAUGAAUCUGAGAAGUUGACUGGCCGGAAAUUCAGCCAGAGUUCUUGACUUUGCCUGUUAGCAAACUGCUACGAGGAAUUCCAAGAUACCAGUUUUUUAGCAUAAUUUAUGCAGAGACAAUAAAGUUGAGUUUUUCUGAUGAGCUCACUACAACCUUGAGGAUAUGGCAUCAUUUCUGAUUAUGCUGGAUUAUAUUUUUUUUAUGCAAUUGAUCAAUGAGGAUCCCGGAAUAAUUAAAAUAUGCUCUGUUCUAAAAUUAACACUUGUCACUUUAAGGCUCAACUUUUUCCUUCUUUUUUUCCCCCACCUGGGAGAGUCUGGCUUUAUAUUUGUCCGGAGUCCAGAAGUUUUCUUUUAGAAUACUUUUCCAUACCUUUGAGUUACAGAACCUUCACCUGUAAUAGUUGUAGUGUCUAAAUUAAUAAAGUAUUUUAAUGAUGAA